AUGGGUUCUGGCUGGUAUAGCGAUAGUUUUUAUUUUUUUUUAGAAAAAAUUAUACAAUCAUCACAAAAUUUAGAAACACAUAUUGUGCCUCAGAAUGAUCUUUUAUUAGAUGACCCCGAAAUACAAUCCUUGGAAUCAAAUAAGCAUUCUGCCGAAAGUAUUCUAGUGCCUACUGAAGUUAGUUUUUUACGUUCAAGUACUUCAGUAAAUAAUGAGCUUCUUCAGUGGUUCAUAGCUUAUUGGAAUAUUUAUCUGCACAUUGGAUUAUCAAUUCUUACGUAUAACUAUAAAUAA